AUAUACAUAAAAAAAAAAAAAAGAGCUGUAAUUGAGAAUUGAUGCCAUCGUCAACUGCGGCGAAAGACUGGGGUGCAGAAGACCGGAAGAGAAAAGAGGGCGAUAAGCUUUGGGUGAAUCGUUGGCAACUUUGGCAGCUAACGCGAAAUGGGACUGAGCAAGAGAGACAAGAAAAGCAGCUCCACUUCAACGUCGCCUUGUGCCCAUCUACGAGCUGCUUACCACAAUUGCUUUAACAGGUGGUACUCCGAGAAAUUUGUGAAGGGUCAGUGGGAUAAAGAGGAAUGUAUUUCUGAGUGGCAAAAAUAUAGAGCUUGUCUCUCUGAACAUUUGGAUGACAAGCAUCUAAGUCGCUUCUUGGAGGCUGAAGGCCCUGUUGGUUAUGUUUUUCAAGAGGACAGUGGAAACCCAGUUGAGAAUACUGCUAAAUAGUGGCAAAGAGGCAAUCAACAUAUACCAUUUGUUAAAGCUGGUUGCAAGUAACAACCAUCCUCAGUUGUAGAUAUUAAUGAUACAGCUACUCGCAUGAAACUAGUUAGUUUUUGCUUAAAUUGCCCUGAGGAGUAGUUUAGUUGUUUCCUUUUAUAGUGAGGAUUUUGGUAGAUAAGAACUUGAUAGAGAAGGUGAAAAAAUCAAGCCCAGUGUCGAAGUACUUGUUAAGAUAGUUGAAUUUGUUGGUUCUGAUGCAGAAAAACUCAAUUGGUAUUGAUUGUGACAAGGAAAUUCAUUUGAUAUUUUUAAUUGACCAACAUGAAUUUUGAUGCAGAAGUUGAUUUUGCUGAAAUUCAUGAUAAGCCUUAUUAUUUCCAUUCUUAUAUAUCA